GACAACACAAACUGCUGGAUGUUCAUUUUGAAAAGCUGAAACUAAACUACAAAGAGCAGGUUUUUUUUCUUUCUCCUGCCGGAAACGCGUUGACUGCUAAUGUUGCUAGGCUAGCGUUAGCCGCAGCUAGCUCCUGCUAACACUUUCUUCCUUUCUUCUCCUGGACUUUAAGAACCUUGUUGUAAGUCCCGUGUUUUCUCAGAUACAGGCCGGGGAGAACUGCUGCAGGAUGGACCUCAGACGGGAUUCUGAUUUUAAAUUCAAAGAGGAAGUUGUUUUAAAGGAGGAGGAGGACUCAAACUGUCUGAUACAUCAAGAUGUCCAGAUUGUCCAAGUAGUUGUUGUUAAAGAGGAGCCAGAGGAGCAGAGCUGCAGUCUGGACCAGGAGGAGCCAGAGCCCCCACACAUUAAAGAGGAACAGGAGGAACCUUGGACCAGUCAGCAGGGAGAGCAGCUUCAGGGGCUGGAGGAGGCUGAUAUCACCAAGGUUACAUCCACUCCUGUCCCUGUGAAGAGUGAAGAAGAUGAAGAGAAACCUCAGUCCUCACAGCUUCAUCAAACACAAACUGAACAGAUGGAAACAGAAGCUGGUGGAGAGGACUGUGGAGGACCAGAACCAGACAGGAACUCUGAUCCAGAUAACAAGACUGGAGACUCUUCUGAAACUGAGACUGAUGACAGUGCUGAAUGGAACGAGACCAGAGAACUUCAGUCAGGUUCAGAGUCUCUGAAAAACGAUGGCAUCCCCGCCAGGGAUUUAAGACUGAGUGCUGGUAGGAAACCAUGUAGAUGCUCUAAAUGUGGGAAAAGAUUUGGACGUAGGGGAAAUCUUAAGAGACACAUGUUGUCGCAUACAGGAGAGAAACCAUUCAGCUGCUCGGUUUGUAAGAUAUCUUUUUCACGCAACGGCCGUUUACUGACACACAUGAGUAUCCACACUGGAGAGAAACCAUUCAGCUGCUCAGUGUGUAACAAAUAUUUUACCGAAAGGGGAUCUUUAAAGAAACACAUGAGAAUCCACACAGGAGAGAAACCAUUCAGCUGCUCGGUUUGUCAUAAAUCUUUUUCACGUAAUGAUUAUUUACUCUCACACAUAAGAACUCAUACAGGAGAAAAACCUUUCAGCUGCUCAGUGUGUGAGAAAUCUUUUGCGCAGUUUGGAAAUUUACAUGCACACAUGAAAACCCAGCACAAAAGAAUAACGAAGCCGCUACAAUGUUUGUAGAAGAGGUGUCAAUAUGUUUUGCAUCAAAGGGUUAAAAUAAUUUUGAAGCCUUUUUUGCCUCACUUGGGGAGUAAGGCAAGUACCGUAUUUCCUCAAUUCAAAGCCGGGCCCCUAUUAAUGACUGGCCUCAUUUAGUAACCGGGUGUAAAAACAAUUUUUAGUAAAUAAAAGCCGGCCUCUUUUAUAAGCCGGUGUCUUACCGGUGUUAUGUCAAAGUCUCCCGCUGUCCUAGUCAUUCUCUGUAAAGUCGAGCCGUUUACGCACGUUCUUCUGGGCUUUUUAGUAGUUUAGACAUUUUAAGUCCUGCUUAAAAUGAACAUUCAGCUGUUCAUUGUUUGUUUACAUCCCAGUACUUCCAAUAUGGCCGACAUCUGGGUAACUGGCUACAAUGCGCUGUGUAAAACGCUCUAAAAUGUGCCGGUCAGAGCUGCUCUGAUUUUCUUUUUUUAAUAAAAGCCUCCUUCAAAUAAUAGCCUGCCCCUAUUAUUAGCUGGGUCUCAAACUGAUUUUUUAUUAAUAGAAGCCCCGGCUACUAUCUGAGGAAAUACGGUAAAUUAACUAAAUCUUAUUUAUUUUAUUUCAUUUCAUCUAUUGCUCUUGACAGGGCAUGUAAUGUUUACAGAAAUAAAAAUCUGAUUGUGGUACAUAAAGAUCUGUAUUGUAUGUAUUAUUUAUUUUAGAACAAUUAUGUUAUAUUAAAUUAUUAUUACAAUUAUUAACUCAGAAAGAUGAUAAUCUCCUUCGUGAUACCACUUAUCCAGGAUUGUAGUUUGGAUUGUAUCCUGGGUGUGUUGAACUCGCUUCGUAGUCCAGGGCUCAGGUUUCAAUGAGGAAACAUCUGGAUGUGUAUCCUUAUUACAUCUGGAUGUUGCUUUUUAAAUUACAGUAUUGAAAUACCCUUGAAAUUAGGUGUGAUAGUUUGAUGAAUUGCUAUAAAGAAAUUAUAUUUUGUUGAAAAAUGUGAUGAAUUUGAGUCACCUGAGAAUGUUUUUUUUUGUAAUCAGGUGGAAUCAUUUCAAAUAAACAUGAGAUUUCAGAAAUGGGUUCAUUCUGUGAAUUGUACCAUCGCAUCAGUGUCAUUUCUUCUUUGUUUUUGCUUCAGUGU